AUGUGGAUUCAGGGUUCACGAGAAGUUUGUGCGCCAAUCGCGGGCUCUGCAGUUGACCAGUUAGAGGAAGUUGUGGGUUAUGUGAGUUUGGGUUAUCCAUUCGGUCUUACUGCAUCCAUUCUCUUUGGGCGGCACCAUAAAGCUAUUCUACAAUCUCCUAAACCAAAGCUGUUUGUAAUGGGGACUCGGGAUGGGUUCACUAGUGUUAAACAGUUGGAGAACAAAUUGAAAUCUGCAGCAGGUCGCGUUGAAACUCAUCUACUGGAAGGAGUAGGCCAUUUCCAAAUGGAGGGACCUGCUUACGACACUCAGAUGGUCGAUCUCAUAAUAGGAUUCAUUAGGUCAUUGCAGAUCCAACCAGCUGAGACUGGUUCUCUCAAAUCAACAUCAUGA